AUGAAGAAUAAGGAAUCAUCCGUCAUGUCUGUGACUGCCCUCUUCAGGGGCAUAUGGGGGGGGAAGACACAAGAAACAGAGAAGCCCCCAGUUGUGACUCCUCCAGGUCACAUGGAUGAUGAUGAUGAAGAUGAACCCUCUGUUGGAUUGAGCAGAGAGAAACUGAGAGGCUCCCGCUUCUACCGCUCCAUGAGGAGGAAGAAAGGAGACCUGUCCGAAAGUAAGACUCUAUCUCCUCUUCCUGAGGAUCUCUGCAUCAUUUACAUCUCUGUUUGCUUUUCUGGCCCUGAAGCCACGAGUGUUUAAUCUGAUACACACGGCAGCAGGUUAGCAGGUUAGCUCCGUGCUAACAGUCUCAGUAGAAACUGAACAUUGUUGUUGUCAUUGAAAGAAGAACAAUGGCUCGGUCUCUGAUGUCUGAAUGAAAAUAACCUGAGAAACUUGUUCUGUUUGAGACGCACAAUAGUCUGAAUAACACCUGAACAGGUCGUACACACACUCUGACCACAUGACUGCAAGCUCUACACAGCCUGAAGUCUGUGUGUUUGAAUGAGACAGCAGAAUACACUUGUUUAUACACCUGUUAGUGCGCCUUUUCGUCAGGCUUUAAAUGAAACAGACAAGAGGUUCUGGCGAUAGUUUGACUUUCAAACCUGCUGAAAGAUCAAAACCAAACUGUCUCCAAGAGGCAGAGCAACAAUAACUCCAACUGGAUUGAUCACAAUGGUUUUUUGUCUUAUUUCUUGUUCGUUGAAGGAAUGCAGCAUUCCUUAGAGCCAAACUAAAUGCACAAUAAAGCAUUACAGCUUAGACUUUGUCCAGCCUCAUAGAAAGGGAUCAAACGAUUACUCAACGCACAAUAACUCCAGCAGCUUGUCGGCAUCACACUCACAUUUAAAACAGUAACAUUAAAUCAUGAAACGGUGCUGAAUAAUGUGACAAAAUCCACUCACAUGACUAAACAAGACUGACAAAAUAAAGAAACCGGAACUGGCUGAGUAUUUUCGUAUACAACUGCCCAUUAAAAUCUGAUAAACAAUAAUCUUUGGCCAAUAAAUACAUGUAAUUUUAUGUGGUCACCUUUUAUCAGUUGUAUUGUUAAUCUUCACAGACAGAUAAUUCUCCUUUCCUCAGAGAUACGAUCAGGUGUUACCUGAUGGCAUGUCAGAUAACUGGAGGAACAGUCACAGCAAAGAUUUAACCCCGCUGUGAAUGCAAACAACACUCUUCAAAAGAUUCAUGACAGCUGACAGCUGAUGGUAUUUGGUAGCAUUUUGGUAAAAGUGUAAUAAGGACAUUGAGACAUUAAUGUACUUUUUAAUCCCGCAAUUAUCUAUGAUAUUAGUUUGUACCUUAGUUUUGAGUCAUAGUUUGGUUCAGUAGAGUAAGGGAAACAAACCAUCCUUUAUAAAACCUUUUAGUGUUUGUGAUACAGUGUGAUGAUGUUUCAUGAGCAGAGCCAGCUGGAGGCUAAAAAUCCCCUGAAUACAACAACCAGCAGCUAUAACUAGCUGUUUCUGGCUUUUUUCCAUCUGGCAAAAGUUACCUCAGGUUUCUGAGGGGAUAAUACAUUCGCACACACCGUUAAAUUGAGCUACGGCUGUCACUCAAUAGAUUAAACUGGAGUACUGUCCUUGUCUCAGUUUACAAUCACCAUGCAAGAAUCAGAUUAUUAACAGAAGCAUAAUCGCUUCUGCUACCACUGCUAGCAACGUUCCCACUUUUAGCUUGUCAUCUCCCCGUUGACCUAUUACGUCAACUGAUGAAAACGCCAUCACUUUUACAGCUCUGAACUGUUUGUUCAUACAAUAAAAAGUUUUUUCUUCUUUUAAUACAUCCUUCAUCUGUCAAGGUUUUGUUUGCUUAAAAGCAACACAUUCAUGCUAUUCAACUUCCAGCCUAGUCCAGUUCAGGCCAGUUUUAAUCCAAUGGAGCCAUAUACAUGAAAGGGUGAAGUGAUCCCCAACUACAUUAUCUAGGUAUGUUUGUGCAACUACGAAAACAACUGACUUGGUUAGAUUUCAGUCGCACCAACAUGUUGACAUGUAGUUAAAAAGUUCAGUUUCAGUUAUUCCAAGGAUAUAUAUAUAUAUUUUAAACGACAUGUAAAUGUACUGAAUUACUGUGUGCUACAGAGUGUUACUUGAAUAACUGACCACUAAUAAACAGGAAGAGACUAAAGAUCCACGCAUGGAUGGAUAAUUUGACAUGACUGUCAAAAGUGGAAAAGCCAGACAUUUUCACUGACUUGAUAAAAAAGCAAAGUGUGUUUAGAAAAGAUAAGUCCUUAGAUGUCUAUGUGUUUUUGGUGAAUACCUAUACCAGUCCAUUGAGGAGGACAACAAAAAAGCUAUUUAGCUGUUUCCUUUUUUUGUUUCACCAAUGAACCCAAUAUUGCUAAUAACGCUAACGUUUAAAUUGCUGUUGAACAUACUGGUACAAUUAAUCCCAGACUGUAAACCUUAAUGACUGCAGGAGAGCUUUAAACUCUUGGUUCUUGUUCGUUGUGGCCACCAUGAUGGGCCGAGCAUGCUGUUGGUGGUGGGCUCCUAUGUCCAGGCCUUAGUUGGAACUCAAGAUUUGGAGGACUAUUUGUUCCACAUGCAUUUAUUUGUAAGGAUCAGUGUGUAUCUGCACCAUGUCAAAAGUCCUGUACCUGCACAAUUCAGUAUGAAUACAUGCACCUUGACAUCCCUGAUGGCAAGCAAUGUCUUGUGGAUGCAAAAUUUUCAUUGCUCUCUUGAUGAAUAAAAACAGAGGAAAGUAAAGAAGCAAAAAUAAAGAAAAGUAUACUUUACAGUUGAGAUAAAACACAUCUUCGAAAAACCAUUCAAAUUGAAGACUCUUUUAAGUAUUCUUGUUUUUUCUGAGUCUUUAUAUCCCAGCUGGUUUGUGAUUUAUGAUACAGAACCCUGUUUGUCUAUUGCUGCCCAGAAUAGGACGAAAAGGUGAGAAACCACUGGGGAUAAAACUCUUCAAACUUAAUGCUUUGUAAUGGAACUUUUGAUGGAGCCUGAUGUCACUCAACAUGUUUCUAAAGUACGUCAGCUUUUUCACACCGACGUUUCUCUUUUGUCAGUCAGUCUGUCACAGCAGACGCCUGACAACCCAUGAUAGAGGCAGGGAUGUUGUUGCCAGGGUUGAGCAGUUUCCCUCUGACUCACACUUCAAUCUCAGAGCGUCAACUUCAUCACCCCUCUUUUGCUUCACAGUUUUGUUUGUCUGCGCUUAUACAUUUUUGCGGAGCGCUCUGUGAAGACGUAGGCAGAAUGAAAAAUCAAACAUGCCAGACUUUGGGUUGGGAGGAUUCCCAGAUGUGGCCUUGAUUGUCAUUCGCUAUGACACACCACACAGGAUAAAAUGAUCAAUCUGUUGGUUCCAAAACCCACAUUUGCCAUCUGGGCUAUAAACAUCCUUAUAAUGUGUAGUCUGACCUUGGUCUUCGAUUUCAAAAAUGGAAACAACAUUUUGGAGAACAUGCGUAGUUUCACUUGGCCAGAGGGACCAGAAACUCCGAAUUCAAGAAUCACUAAUAAAACAGAUUUGUUCUCAAGAGACACAAAUCAAUAAUUGUCUGUUACAUUUUCUAGUUUUACAGCUACAGUUUUCCUAGUUUUUACUGAUAUUUUUGUUUGGAGAAAAACUUCUCCAACACAAAAAUAAGAAAAACACGUCUGACAGCUUUUUAGAAAUCAGCAAACAAAUUACAUAACUUAUUAUAACCCUAUGCUAACUCAGUAGUCUGUUAACCACACUGCUGUCACCAUGGCUCCAAACUUCAUGUUUUAUUUUGUUUUCACAGUUUCACUGGGGUGUUUUUCCAUAAAAUAGAAAACCAAAGAGACAACACACCUAGAAAUUUCUCCCAGGGUUUGAAUCACUCACCUGUGCAUCAGGUUGAUAAAGUGCUAUUAACUUAAAGAGUGGUUCUUUCCCAGCAGGAUUUGCCUUUUUUUAAUUAUUAAAUUUAAUUAUAUAAACCAAUUAUGUCAAUCAGAUAUGCGAAAAUUCCCCAGGGAUUUACACCCCCAGUUAAAUUCAUACUUCAGGCAGGUCAAAGUUUGACUUGAUUCUGAGAUUAGAGGGAAAUGGUAUAUCUGAUCGCUGGUUUAUCAGUGAUGGUUACACGCCCUGAAGUCUUUGCCCCUCAGUGUGUGUAAAGUGUAAAUUUCAUGUGCUCAUGCUAGGCUAACAAAAAAGACAAUUUAUACAUUAUGUUAGUUAGUCAGAGUAGUCAUGAGUUAGACAAAGUUUACUUUUAGCCUGGAGGUCCCUGAAUAAUCUGAAGUUCAUGACUCAGUGAUUUACCCCUUGACAAGAACUACUCAACCAACUUUAAAAAGGGGAUUCAUAGCAACAGGUCACAACUGUCUAUAACAAAAAGUUUUAGAACUCUGUUUUAGUGAAAGUUUAAUGUUAAUACUAAUAAGAAUUCUGUGAACAGGGCAAAAAGCAGUCUCUCACUUCAUCAAAUUCUCCACUUCGACAGACUUGUACUUCAGUUUCUCUCUGUUAUUGGUGAUGUUUGCGAAGCUGAGUUUUUUACCGAUAAUGAAGGAAAGGAAAUAUUCCUUGCUAGGCCUGAUAUAAAUAGAUUAAAACACUCCCAUAAUUAUCUAACAAGCUGAAAACAACUGAAACCAACUCAUCCGGUUCUGAAAACAAUUGAUGAGUGUCGUCAGCAUUAUAAUGAAAUAAAAUCGGGCGCUGUAAAAGAGGUCAUUGAAUGUAAAACGACAUCUUCUAGAAAGCACAUUAAUAAGUGAAAAAAGAAGCCUAUUCUCAACAUUAUCAAGCCACGUAUAAAAGUAGUUAAAAGUAACAGUCAAUCUUGGGUUUACAGAGUGAAUAAGAAGUCAUUGAUGCUUCAGCUUUAUUCAGUUUUAUGCAAUACUUUGUAGUAUCAAACUUUUUAUUUAACAAAUUACCUCUUUCUUUAAUUUCUGUUCCGGCUGUACAGUUUCACCUGCUUUAUUUGUUGUGUAACUGGAUGUUUUCUUUGCACUGAUGCAGGGGAAAAGUCUUUGCCUGAACACGUCUGUCAUUGCAAACACCCUCAGGAGCAUGACAUAAUUUUAUAUUAGUACAUCUCAAUGAGACACAGCUGUUGGAUUCAGAGUUUACUUUAGGACUCUGACUCCCCUCAUUGUUCAAGGUAAAAAUCCCACGUAUAAUCUGUAACUCUGUAUUCACCUGUAUGCCAACCGCAAACCCACAACCACCACAAUCCUGCCAUAUGUGAUGACAAAGCUGCAGCAAUUAUCAUUUUAUGCAUGAAAUUUAAAACAAACAAAAUCCCAAUUUGCAGAGUAAAUAUAAGAAUUCCCCUUUUUCAAUUUUAAAUAAAUGUUUGCCUUAAUAAAUUCCUUGAUUACUCCAAUCAUUUAAAUGUAGACUCUUGUUUAACUAAAUUAUCAGUUUGGCUCUGGGAAAAUAAGAAGCUAGAUGAACAACUUGUUAGUGUCUUAAAGACCAAAUGAUUAACUAUAAGAAACAGCAGAUGAAUCACCAUCAGCCUUAUGUAAUCGUCAAAACUUGUUAUAGGCAGUUUAAGAGACUAAUUCAGAUUCCGUUGACAAAAGGAUUCCUAAUUUUAGAAUUUUUACAAAAACAAAAAAAAAAAGAAAGAAAGAAAGAAAAAAAAAAGACAGAAAAAUGCUCUAAUUAGAAAAUAGAAACUGCAGCGCCUCUUUUAUUUGCACACCAGCCUGUCUUCAGGCUUCAUGUGUUUGUGAUUCUGCUGCUUAGGUUUUCUCAGUAAAAUAUUGCUGGUGUCUCUCUAUGUUACACAAGAAGAACUAUUUUUAUGAUGCAGUGUGGAGGACGAGCCGAGGAGAGAAGCUGCUGUGUGGUCUGAUGGAAAGAGCAGACGGACAAACAGACAUGCACACAUACACACAUUCAUAGAUAGAUGGACAGAUGGUGAACAGGCUGUUUGCUUUCUGCUUGUGUGCUGCAGACACCUCAUAUUGCUAAACUUUCACAAUAAAUUCUGAGAUUAUAGUGAUUAUAGUGUUGUUUUUCGGAUGAUAACGUGACGUCACACCUUCAGACGAAACUGUUCCCAUUUAUCAUGCCAUUAUGCUGAGGUCCUUGCUGUUUUUAUUAGUUUUGAGUCUAAAUCGACCAUCAUUUGUGUAUUUCACCCUUGGAUGUUUAUGUGAUGAGAAAGAGAAGAGGAUAUUAUCAUUUCAAUUUCAUUCUUACACUUCUAUAAAGUUCCCUGAAGUUAACACAAAGCUUUGGACUCUGUAAACAUCAGUUACUGAUUAGUAGAUACAGAUCUCAUAUGAGUAACAUUUGAAGUCAUAAACUAUCAUAAUUAGUUAUAAUAUAAGAGAGAAGGCCAAUGUAUAAAAUAAAAUCUGAAAUUUAUUUUCCAAAUUUUGACUAUUUUCUUGGAAUUCUUGGACCAAAGUUAAAAUUGUACAGAAUUAUACCAUUCAUUUAAAAACAGAGUCUUUUUCUAAACGAACAACAUAUGUGUACAUCAUUAAUGUCCUGGCUGUUAAGUUUAGGUUGUAGGCAUUGGAAGAUGCUCAUAUCUUUAAAAAAAUGUAGUAUUGUCAAUAUUUGGGAUAAAUUGGUCAAUUUUGCUCUGACUCAGAGGACUGUGCAGGUUUAAGAUGCACGGCUUGUGUUGGAGGUUGCAUUGUUUGUCAGGAUUGAGCCGAUGAAGCUGCGUUACAGCUAAAAGAUUUAACAUAUUAGAAUUAGGCGGAGUGUUCGGUGAAUAUUCGAACGUGUGAAUUGGUGAAUUAAUAACCUGCAUACAGAAUAAACUUUUUGAAUCCACAUUUGAGUUCGUACCCCUGUGUAAAGGUUUCUUGUACCACUGUACGUCUACUGUAGCGCAAAACAGCGAACUUUGCAUCAGCCAUUCAGUAAGUACAAAAACUGUGUGAAGUGCACUGGUUGAAAAAAUGAAGAUGAACAGUUGUUAUGUGCAGAAUAAAGUAUUGCUAGAUACCUAAAUCACAUUGAUAAUAGGUUUUGUUUGAAAAAGAGAAAAGACACAAAGAACAGGGGAGCCUAAGUGCUCGUGAUGGUGUUUAGACCCAGAAAUAAGUAAAAUCAUUGUUAACACCAGCUCUAACAACCAAAUGUAAAUGUGUGCCUGAUACCUCUAACAGGUCCUGUGUCUUUCUGCUGUUCAGCAUUUUCACAGUACCUUGGUUAGAACAUCUAAAAUAACCCCCUCACAGUCACACUAGGUUCACAGUACUCACAGUGAGCAUGUUUUGAGAGGAAAGCUUUAAAGCUGUUGUAAUGUUAUAUUACUUUAUUGCUCAUAUCAAGUACUUGUCUGUUGUGUCUUUGACUUUGUGUGUUUUUUAUGGGCUGUUUCAUCUUUCUUUUUCCUCCAUAAAAAUUUCAAAUUACAGAGACUUCAAUCAGUGGUUUGAUAAGGUCAUAUGAGCCAUAUCCAUUAAAAUGCUUUGUUUUUAUAAAGCAACAUAGAGCCAACAAAAGAUAACAGACUGUUGCCGUGGAGUACUGACCAAUCAUGACCAAGCAUUUGAUGUCUCCCUUUGAUCUUAUAUAAGCACAAACUGAGAAACAAACCAGUUACAAAAUCAAAAUGUCAGUCAGACCAUCAAAGGUUAUAAUGAUGCAAAUGACUCUGUAAAGUCUAUGAAAUAUAGGGUGACCAUAUUCUGACUUCCCAAAACAACAACAUGACUACACGGGGGCGGAGUCAUGGAGUCACACAGAGUUAAUUUUGAGAGUUUUUCGGGUCAGAUCGAAUGUGUUUUAAGCACUUCUAACUCAGUAAGUCCACAUGAUACAAACUUGAAACUUCUGUACAAAACUUCCUCGAACAAAGCCAGAGAGCCCCCCAAAAAGAGGACAUGUCCAGGUAAAAGAGGAUGUAUGAUCACCCUCAUGAAAAUCUAUUUUCAAACCUCUGUAGAUGCUGAUUUAAAAACAAAAAUGGAUUUUUAACAUCAUGCCGUCUUAGUUUCACAUGAUGUUAACCCUUAUUUAAAGACUGGUACUAAUAACAGUAAUAAUGUCCUUGUAAGAAUGAAUGCUAACGCAAAUUUAAAGCACCCAUCAUUUAAGCAAAGCGUCUCCUUAAAAAUGGAUGCUAAUUUAAAGAAAAGAAAUGACAACGGACAGACUUGCAAACAUGCACAUUAAUGCUAACAGAGAAGCCAAAUCCAGUUAAAACAUGGAUGUAAGCUCUCUGUCACCCACUGGCUUCUGAAGAGGUGUUAUAAAGCCCAAAGACGGCAUUUGCCAUUUAAGAAAUGCUGACUCUAUCUUCCUGCUAAUCUAGAAACAUAUAAAAGAGUGGAUCCAAGGCAGGGCGUUACAGCUACAACACACCUACAAGGAAAUGAGCUUUCAGGUUGAUUAUCGUACCAGGCUGUGAACAUCAUAGACUAAUGGGACUUUUAUUAUGGGCAUUAUCAAUGGGGUUUUCUUGACUUCUGGAUCCAGCCUCCUGUAGAUACACAAGGAAACAAGGUUUUUUGCACUUUAGCAUUAUCUUCAUUUUUCAACACUGGGGGUCUGAUUAAGAGAAACACACACUGGAAAUGCAAGUGUAGUGUCUCUAACAGACUAAUCCCAAUGGUUAAAAAAUAAACAUAUGAAAUCCCAGUUACUCUGCUUUAGGUAAUACUAAUGCCAGUUUUAUAAAUGAGCGUUAGUCUUUAUUCAUGACUGUGACCUGUUAAAUCCAGAGCUAUCUUUGCCCAGGUUUUCUCACAACAGAUGAAAUGUGGAUGUCUUCUGCUCAAAUUAUCACCCUCCUCCACAACACAAGUCCCCCUAAUUUUAAUUUCUUCCCCCCUUUGCGCUAAACCAUCAAAUAGUUCAUACCUAAAGCAGGUAAACAAAGACUGUGAUUUGUUCCUUUGGUAUUCAAACACAGCUGACAAGGAUUCAGCUCAGUGCAGCCAAAAACAACACAGUAAUAGUUUAAUAAACACCUGAAUUAAAGUGUUGAAUUCUCUUAACUAGUUAUAAACGAUAAGCUUUUUAACUCUGUGUGUGUGCGCGCGUGCGGAGGAUUUCUGGAGAUUCUGUAUUUAUUUGUCAGGAACUCUGUGAGUAAAUUAUUCAUACACACCCACACCCACACACACAUGCUCUGGGAUUACCACAGUAUCGUGUAGCAGCUGAGAUUCUGUCUUUUCUGUUUGAGUGAAAAAUAGCUCUGACACCAGAAUUACCAGCUGAUUGUUCAGUCUGAGCACUGUCAAACUUCAGGAUUGGAAUCUCCUUGAAGGAGAAGAAAAAAGGGCAAAGUUUAAAGACAUUCAGCAGCAACAAAAAUUUCAACUCGACAACCAAGAACAAUCUGUCUCCAUCUUUCAUCGUGCUAUGUGUGUGUAUGUGUGCGUGUCUGUGUGUGUGUAUGCUUGUCUGACAGUGACAAGUGUUUGAAAAGGGAGUGUUAAUAACCACAGUCUAAUUUCCUUGUUCCUCUUUAUCAGAUCUGAUUGUAACAAAUUUGUCGUCUGAUUAUUUUUCUUUAUUUCUCUUUCUCUUUCUCUCUCUUCCUCUUGCUCUGCAGACCCCAACAGACCCGGUUCUGAUCACAGCCCCUCAAGCAGAGGUGGACUUGCCCCCUCUAGCACUCCCUCGCCUCAGAAGUCACCCUUGUUCAACCGGGCCAGACGGUGAGUCUGCAUGCCUGCACUGCCCAACCCUCUAGCCGAACACAAACACACCCAGAAACACAAACACACGCACAUACAAACACACAGCAUGCUUGUUCAAACACUGCACGCGCACACACACACACACACACACACACACACACACACACACACACACACACACACACACACACACACACACAGACGCACACACACAUCUUUUUUCUUCUUGGUGUAAUGUACUCUAAAUGGCUUAUCAUGUCUUUGAUAAAGAACACACAAACUCAAGGUUGAUUCAUUGUCAGUGAAUCUGAAGUCUCCUGAUGUGUUCAGGCGUCUGCAGAAAGCUCAGUGUUCAAGGUUAAAGGAUCAGAACUUUUAUCGAAAGAUCCAAGUACAUCCUGAGCCAAGAUGAAAUUAUUCUGAGGUUGUUUUGGUGAACUGUUUUUCAUAUAACAGGGUGGAAAAAGCCCAAAACAUAAGCAAAUAUCUAAUGGCCUAUUUAAGGGACACAAUUCUUCACAACACACCCUGUAAAAUCUCAGGCAACACUUUACGUUAGGGCACACACAUAAACCAUUCAUUAGUUGCUUAUAAGCGCGUUUAAAUGGUGGCAGGUUUGCUCUUAAUUAGUCAUGAUAAAGAACUUAUUCUCAUUAUUCUCAAUAACCAUAAUACACAUUUUGUACACAAGUUAUAAGGGGAUUUCCCUUGAUAACUCCUGUUUCAUUGCUUAUCUAUAGCAAAUAAGGAAGUUGCAGUGUGUUCAUUACAAUCUGCUUUGCUGAGUAAGGGCUUAGAUUGUACUACCACCAAAUAGUCAUUCUUUUUUAAUGAGACAUGACAAAUGUGGUCUAUUCUCCUGUAACAAAACACAAUUACGAGUGUUAAAACGGUCCUUAAUGACUCUUAAGUCAUUCUUUAUAACUGGGAUUAUGUUCUCUGUUUUAAAGUAAGGUCUUGUUCAUUACUUAUCCCACAAUUAGUUUGACACUUACGAUACACAAAAGUUUCCUAUUUUAAAGUUGCCUCCAGUUCAUACUAGAUUGAUCCACUACUGCACCUGAUAGGCAUCAUGUAAAAAAAUGAAGAUCAAGUGAAAUAAUCUGGUCCUACUCCCGUCCAGUAAAAGAAGAACAAAGUCAGCACAAAGAGAAAUAUAUCCUUUAUUGGUGGACUAAACUUGCUGUAUGGUUAACAGUUGACAGUUUUUUGAUAAAGGAAACUGCGUGGAUUUGUAAGAGAAGAAUAGUCCAUAUUUAUCAAGCCUCAUUGAGGACAACUAUUUGAUGUAGUACCACUUUUAAUGAUGAUUAUUAAAGUACUACAACCACCUUGUUUGCAAUCAAUAAGCAGCAAUAAUAAAGAGACUACUGUAGGAAAAACCCCAAUUAAUGGCUUAUUAGAUGUAGAUCAUGAUCAUGGAGAAAGGGGUCUUAAUGAGUGCUUUAUAAUAACUAAUUAAGAGUCAAUUUGCUACUAUGAAUUGUGCUAACAAGUAAAUAAUGGUUAAUAUGUGUACCCUAAUAUAUAGUUCAGCCACAACUCAUUUCUGUGGUGGCUCUGGGGGGACUACACUUUGUUUACCAGGUAGUAUCUUUAACCCUGCUGAAUAUAUUGCUUUCUUGAAGUUCAGUAUUUUCAAAGAAGGAUGUGUGAUACUUUUGGAAUAUGCAGUUAUGCAUUACUAAAAGAGCCAUUUCUGGGAUAAAAACCCCUGUCAGUGGAGAAAUAACAUAACACAGACAUACGUCAUUAAGGAAUUAACCUUUGGUAAUGAGUGUGAGAUUGACUGGAACACAGUUCUGUAGGUCCUCCAACAGCAAAAGAGGGAACACUUGUCUGGAUAUAAACUUUAUUUAUUUCAUUUCUUCCUUUAAAAAAUGAAAUGAGAGGGCAGAAACUUUGCAAAUGAGGUUGAGAAAUGGAUGUUUGUUUGUUUUUUUGCUAUGUUUGCAACCAUUUUACAGGUAUCAAUCAGCUGGAUCAGAAUCCAGGGCUCCUUGUAACAUCUUAGUUUGGGCUGUGCUGCCAUGCCUGCCUGAACAAGCUCUGUCUUUUUCUUCUUCUGUGGCGAAUGCUUAUAACUGCUGUCUUCAUGAUAACUCUGCAUGACAUAAUGGGCUAUUGUUUUUUUUGUUUUGUUUUUUUAAUGAAAAAGGGAAAUAUAUUGAAGACGUUUUGUUUUCAGACAGACAAGAUUUAGGCCACUGCACGAAAAAUACUUUGACUUAAUCACACCAUAACCAACAUUUAUGUCCUCCUUUUUACGCUGAGGCUAUAAAUUCAUCAACAAUUGAAGAAAGGUGUGUUUUCUGACCUAUUGAAGUCUUAACUGUAUUUGAGCUGAUUGAACAUAUUUUGGCUUUAUGCUCUCUUUUGGAGCUGAAAAGUAAAAGCCAUCUUCUGCCCACAGCAGCAGGUAGAGUUCUUGAGUGUCUAUAGACAGAACCGAGCGUUCAAUCUGUCUGUUUGCUGACAAACAGAGCAGGUUUGAAGAUCUUCAUUGAAAAAAAAGUGGGACCAUCUGAUGUUUGUCCCGCAUCACUGCAAUUUAGGAAUCCCACUUUGACUGCAUCGUCAAGUCUGGGUUUAUCAGAUUAACUAGACCUUGAAUGAUAGAAUUCAAAGAAUUUAAGAACCAUCAAUCCACAACCUUGAUCACAUGUCCUAUUCAUGGUUUGUGGGGUUACACCCUGAGCUAGGCACCACUGAGUCAAAGGACUGACCAGUAACACUCUGUGGCUGUGGGAGGAAGGCAAAACAUCCGGAGGGCAUCCACACAUGCUUGGGGCGAUGAAUUCUAAGCAGGAUUCAAACCACAGACUUUAUUGUGAUGAAGCAUGUACCCCGUCCCUAAAACCACCUCAAGUGUUUUAAAAUAGUUUUAUAGUCAGGUAUGAGAGGGUUGAUGAAAUUAACAUGUUGUCCUCAGGAAGUUCUAUGUAGCUGCAGAAGGAGCAGGGGCAGCAGUAGCUCAGGCGGUAGAGUGGUUGUCCAAACAACCGGAAGGUUGGUGGUUCGAUUACCCCCUAUCCUGAGUCUGACCGUUGUCUCCUUGGGCAAAACACUUAAUCCAUUUUGCUCCCUGUGUGUGUCCUCCACUGGUGUAUGAAUGUGAGUGUUGUGCGAUGGUUGGAGAGGCCGUAGGCGCAAACUGGCAGCUACAUUUCCAUCACUCUGCCCCAGGGCAGCUGUGACUACCAGAGUGGUUUACCACCACCGGCGUGUGUGUGAAUGAACGAUGUAUCCAAUGGAAAGCACUCUGAGGGUCUCUGAUAAAGUGGUACAUGAAAUCUGAUGCAUUAUAAGGUGAUACAACCUUCUCCUACAGUUCCACGUUAGUCUAUAACCAACAUACACUCUUCUGUCUGUCAGUCCUUCCUUAUAUAUAUACAUAUAUAUAUGCACAUGACUCUUGCUUCUCAGAGGGGAAGAUGGAGUAAGUAUGUCCUAGCAAACACUGUCAAUGUUGAUCUUUUAUCCUUCACUCACCUGUUCAUUUCCAUUUCCAACGGCUGAAUUUUGUGAUAGUUUCUAAUAAUGCUGACUUUAUUUCACUGAAAAGUUGUUUCAGGGAUCAGCCAAAGUCCUGUAAUCCUGCAGGAUCAGUCAGUGUCAGAUAUAAGGGUCCAAUUACAUCCUGGAUUUAGACCAGAACCUGCACCACAUCUGAGCCACUCUGAGGAUCUGAAAAUGUCCACAGGUGCAGCCUGUUUCCAUGAGAGGAUGGUUUUCGGAGACAGUUAUAGUGGAGGACAUGUUUUAAUUUGGCCCUUUUUUCGAAACUCCCAGAUGAAAGAAUUAAAAAUGCAUCCAUUGGAUCCUUAAAACAUUCCCUGUUUCAAUGUGAAGACCAACAUUUUCACCCUCUUCCUCUCAGAUUUAGAAACUACAGUCAAGAGCAUCUGAAAUAGAAAUAAUCAAACCUCAGUCACUGAAGUGUGAAAUCAGAAAAAGCUUGAAAAGCACAACUGUCUCCAUUGUGCAGAUUAGAUGACAUUUACAGAGAUUGUUGUGAUUGUUUUGGAAGGAAGACAAAUGUUCAGACGAGAGAACAACUUCAGUUCUGCAAGAAAGCUAAUAUUUACUGAGGUAGGCAUGAGUACAACAGGUUUACAACCUCCAAUCAGAUCUGUGCAAUCUUUAAUCCACCUGCUGUCAACAUAAAGAGACAUAUAGUCCAGAGUAUCAGAUGUGCACAACCUGAGAAUAUUUCUCUCAUUAAUCUUAGUGUUUCUGUGAAAAUGAAGAUGCCUGUUAAAGAUGUGUUUCUCAAACGUGUUUUUCUGCUGUUAAAUUCAGUCCUCAGCCUUCACCACAGCUCCAUCACUCCAGACCGGCGUUGCCAAGCAAUGGGGAGGCCAGCAGCCGACACACUCUGUACAAAAGAGACGCUGCAGAGAGGACGGGAGGAAGAGUGGGAGGAGGGAGGAGUGUGGACAUCUCUGCUGCCUCCUCCAACAACCAGCAGAGAGAUUUCACUGCCGAUACAAUCACUUACCGGACUCACAACAUCCGGAGCGGAGAUAUCAAAAAGCUGCCUGAGCAAACAGCCGCAGCCUGUAGCGUCCAGGAGGUCAGAGGAAACACCAUGAGCUCACAGCAGGGAGGUUCAGAUGGGGCGGACCGGGAGAACGCAAACAUCAGGUAAGACACAGAAAUACAGAAAAUGAAGAAAAAAACAAGUCAUUUUAUUGAGCUUAUCUCUGAAUUUGUGUGAACUGAAUAUUACAGGUAGAAAAACAAAAAGAGAGCACUGUCUGAGGAAAAAGUGACUUUAACUGAUGAGAGAGCAGGUGAAAGAAUGACUGAGCAGUGAGUCACUGUGUGGUCAGAGUGUGAAUGUGAAGAGGCGUGAAGGAUGUUUUUAUGAUUUCCAUCAAAAAUCCACAAAAACCUCCCUGUGUUUGGGUGUAACAGAGGAGAGGAGGAUCAUUGUUGUGUAACCGUGUGCUGGAAUGCACAAGCAGAUCCACCAUGUACUUCUUUAAAUAGUCAAAAAUCAUGAAGUGAUUUCUUUCAGCCAUUGUCCUGCGUGCCUAAACAUGGGCUUCUUUAUUUUCCUCCUCAGGUUGCCGAGCAAUGGGGAGACGAUAUGCCACGGCCUCAACAUCGUCAAAAACAUCGGUGAGUAGAGACAAAGCAGUAAACAAGUCAUCUCUUUAUCCAGAAUGAAGGGAAAACCCCAAAACACAUUUCUUCUUUCCCUACGUUUUUAAUUAUGAUGGGUAUUUUUAUAAACCAGCAGGAGCAAAAAUGAAAGGGUGAUCCUGUGACGUAUUCACUGAAUAUGAUCCAGAAACGUCCCACCUACAGUUUAAUCAUCCGCAGAAAAACAAAAAACAAAAAACAAAAAAAAAACAUUUGGCUCUGGAGGAAAACAGUGAACAAAUAGGAGGUGAAAAUUGAGCAGAAUUGGUCUAGCACACGAUUGAAGAGAUUCAAUAAAUUAUAAAGGUCUUUAAAGAGGAAAGUGUGUGAUUGUUUAUAGAUUACAUCAUUUUUUGGUGUGUUAUUUUUGCAGGAAAGCGAGAACAGGUGCUCUGACACCUUUUUAAUUAUCAGUAUGACAGGUGGCUGCAGUACGUUUCAAAUGAAAAAUAGGUCAUAGAUUUAUGCAACAGAUGAGCGAUAACGUGUGACUAAAGACACAUCAAGGUUAAAAUUGUCAUGGUCAUUAUGCCUGGUAUUGUCUGUCAGUUAUUAUACCUAACCUAAUUUAAACAUAAUGUACACAUUGACCUUUUAUGGGUCCAAAUACUGGUAGAAAUUAGCUGGUUUACAAGUCCAGAAAUAGAUCAAUUUCAGGAGCAGAUCAUGGUCUUAAUGCUGAUCUGAGCAAACUAAUCUGAUCACAGAUAAGAGUAGGAAUUUCCUUCAGAGGUCGAGUGUGGUCUGUGUUUUCUCCUCCUCUUGAGCAAACAUGCUUGUUUUGAGAUGUGAUCAAUGAGCCCAUGCAGUCGUCCCUUCCUUCAGCCUUUGUUUCCUGCAGAUCUAUGACCUGUUUCUGCGCUCCGAGGCAUCUCUGAGCUGACAGUCUGCCUGUUGACAGACUGCUUCUCACUGUGUACUCAGGGUAAUGGUUAUUUGCAGAGAUUAGUCCACAUUUACCCAGACGGUAGCUCACCUGCACGACUGAAGCUCAGAGGAGCAGAAAUACUGACGGUAGUUUUCAGAUGUAUGGGAAGCUGCAGUUUGCGUGUGUGUGUGUGUGUGUGUGUGUGUGUGUGUGUGUGUGUGUGUGUGUGUGUGUGUGUGUGUGUGUGUGUGUUUCUCCUGCUCUUAUGUAAGUCUCAUUCCUGUUCGACGCCCACCUUGCAAAUCUGCAGUAUAUGACUUAGAGAGAUUAUGCAACAAGCCCCUGUGUUCAAAGUCACCUACUGCAUGUUAUACACACAGAACCGAUGUUCCUUAGAGAAGCAUCUGUUCUUACCUUAAACUUCUUAUCUGAACUCUAAGAAACUGAGACACACACCUACACUGAUUACCUGCCAGCAAAGUAGUGCACAAAUAUCAACUUUUGCACAUAUUUUUGAUGUAUCUCUCCUUCAAAUUUGUUGCCAGAAAUGUUAUUUACCCACAAACUUAUUCAAAUAUAACUAUGAAAUCGCUGUUCUUUGUUGUAUUAUUGAAAUACAUGUAAAUAAUUAUCUUUUCAUGCAAAUACGAGCCAAUGUCCUGGAAGCAUGUGUUGGAGUCUCCACUGUGACUCAGUGUUUAAGCUACAGAAACAUAGCAAUGUGUCAGACUACAUCUGUUCUGACAUAUUAUCUCUAUGAACACAAAAUCAGACACACACAUACACUGUACAUGAAACAACAUGGGUCAGUAAACUUUAUUUAAGAUGUUUGUACAUUUAAACGGUUUGUACAAGUUGUUCAGAAACAGGGGGGUGUUUUCUUCCUUGACCUUGGUUGUUCAGACCGUAGGCUGUGUAUAGAAUGGACAGAGUCUGCCCCCUCGCUGGGUGAAGCCACUCCGAGAACAGCGCCCUCUGCUGACGGGCUGCAGUAUAGGUCAUAAAUCCCGCCUCCGCCAGCAAAGUUUAUGGAGCUGUGGACAAACUUCAGAAAUUAAUUACACAGAACAUAAAUUUUUCUCCCCCCUGCUUGUGAUGUUGACAUGUAGUUACAGUAAGACUGGUUUGUAUUCAAGUCCUCUUUUUUUCUGUAAGGCUCCAUUUUUAAAAGUUAUUAGGGGGUUCAUGUUUUCUAUGAUUGACACCUGGUACAGCCUAUGGGCGUUCAGGGAUUGCGUAGCUCACCCGAGGAAUACGCUGUUUGAGCCGAGUGUCAUCUCAGCGACUCUCCCACCGAAUGCGCAUAUUGCUACUGCGCGAUGCUGGUUUCAGGAAAUAAAAAAAAAAUCGUGGAAAUACCUAGAGCUUUUUGGCUUCAAAUCUGUAUACAGGCGGGAGGCGGGACCAAGUUAUCCAUAGUAUAUACAGUCCAUGCUUCAGGCACAUGUUAUCAUAGAAUCACACUCUGAUGUGGAAAACCCUGUGAGCCAAGAUUGUCCUGGCUUGCCUUUAAUCAAACCUUGAGGUGAUACAUUUGCAUUGCGAAUGCAAUCAACCCAACAACCUGAGCAAAAAGCUGCUUGACUCAUCACACUCUCGUAGCAAGUGAAGAAGUUAGAGUAAGAAUAGAGAUAUACUAAUACUAGCCAUUGUCUUCACAUCAGGUGUGACAACAUCUAGUGGUUCAACAUGUGGAUUAAUUCUUAGAGAACUUUUUCCAGCCCAUUUAACAAUGGGAAUUUGUCCACUAUUGCUGAGCUGGUCUUGUAGCUUUACAUUCUGCUGUCAGAGUCCAUAAGCCGUUGUUGCGGAUCACUGCUCAGAAGCCUGUCUUAUUCACGCAAUGACUCAAGCCUGUAAACUUAUGUAAUUUAGUGAGUGGUGUCUAAUAUGGACAAAUAUACUGAUCUGCUUGAAUCUUGAUGAGUCAUUUGACCUCAUCACUGCUCCAAGUCAACCCAACACACUUCUGUUGGUAGGUUAACCAGCUAACGUUGGCGUCUUGAAGCUAGCAUCCCACAAUAUAAAGGACAGCUAUUAUGUGAGGUAUGUGUUUACCCAUGCUGUGAGCUAAAGGCUUAAGUGUGGCUCCUGUGCUUUCAUUCAUCAUGCUAGUCAACCUAGUGGUUUAAGAGCCCACCUGACAGACAGAGGCUGUAGUUCUUGUUGACACCUGGUCACAACCAAUCUUACAAUAAAACCAGUCAACUUGAACCUACUUAAAAAACACUGAUUUUUAUGUAAACCUUCAUUAAAUUAAUUAUUUCAAAUUCUAUCAGCAGCUUUGCUAAAAGAUUAAGUGGUAAAGCCGAAAAAAAUGAAGUCUGGAGGACGCAAACGCACCGAUCAUAGUGUAGGCUUCAGUGAACAGGAAAGAGAAGAUUUCAGCAGUAUUGAUGUGGUGAUAUUCUCCAGACAAGAACAAACUGAUAGUUUCUAAAUGUCAAGCUUUCAGCCAUCAAUCCAAUUCCACUGAAUAUAUUUAUUUAUAUCUGGCUUCCCCGAUGAUAAAUAACUCAGUAUUUCCCCUCCAUGUUUGACAUUUCUGAUAGAGAUGCCUGUGAGUUUUGUUUUUUUGGAGUUGUAUAACUGUAAGAGGCGAGCAGCUCUCAGCUCUGUGUGGGAGCUCUGAUCCAAUAAGAAAAUGUAAACAUGGUGGAUGUUUGUCAGGCUGCUGAGGAGACAUCUUCUGUUCUGUUCCAGCUCUGACAGUCUGUCAUGCACCACGUCAGGAUAUUUUCUUUCAAGAGAGCUAUAACUAAAGCAAUACAUCAAGGAAAAGGACAUUUCAUGUAUCAGACCCUUUUAAAGAUUUUCUACAGAUUAGGUUUGAUAUUGUUGUGUCUGCUUUGAGAUAUACAUUUAUAUGCUUUAACAAAUACUUAGAUAAGCAAUGGGUUACUUAGCUUUGAUUUUGCUACAUUUCUGGUGCAAGCUCUUGGGAUGCAGCCAUAAACAUAUUUACACUUGUUAUGUCUUCACGAAAUACAACUACAAAUCAAGGAGAUGGUAGUCACACUGAUGAAAACACAUUGGGUCAGCCUUUUUUUCUUUUUUACACAAACCAGGAGAACAGCCAAGAUGUUUGCCUUUUUGUGUUGAAUAAAUCAAAUCACAUGGUCACAGCGAUAAUUCAGGCUUUUGUCCAAAACAAACACAAAUUAAAACCUGUGUGUUUCUGUGCUUGUGACUGUGCAGCCUUCCUGUACCAGGAGUACCGCGACACCUCCAAGCAGCAGGAGAUUGAGCAGCGCCGACAGCUGGAGAACCUCUCUCCAGUAGCCACUACAGGGACAGUGCCAGAGGGGUCCAAUCCGGUGCCCCCUCCAGCAUUACAGCUGCAGCUAAGGAACAGCGCCCGUUCUCUGUCACUGUGGCAGAACCUGGAUGAGGUACUGGCCAGAGGACUGCUUAACAAGCUGCAGCAAAAAGAAGUCAUCAUGCAGGAGGUAAGAGGUUUGUGUUGAAGAGGAGCCAGCAAUUAGCAUGAUGCAACCAAGAGGUUAGACUGCACAGAAUGUGGGUUUGUAAAUUUGGAUUAUAAUAUUGUUGUACACUGCCAGGAAGUAGGUGCACCUGGCCAAAACAAAGGAAUUAAAUCAAUCAAUUCCGCUAAGGGCUCAAGCUGCUCAUGAGAUGGCAGACAAAGAAAAGCCCUGCUGGAAUUGUUUCUGUAUAGACUCAGGGAGCUGUUUUUAAACAUGAGUGUGAUCAUGAAAGACAUCACACAAGUACAAAAGGAAAAAUAAGGCAGGUUAUAGGAGGCUCUGGAAUGAACACUGAGCUGAGACUUUAAUGAAAUCAAGUUAUAAAGAGCCGCUGUUUGUCACUGUCAUCAGGUCUGCAAAAGGACAUGCGCGUAUACCUCUCUGCUAAUAAAUAACAAACCCACAUUCAUCACUGAAAUAACUUGAAACUGACAAAAGUAAUAAUAAACAAAACUUAACUAAAAAUUACCUGAUGAAAACCAGAAAUCGCUUUUGAAUUGUGGUUCAACAGAAUCGCUUAAAAAAACAAACUAAUGAAACAGGCCUGGACAAAAAUGAUGGUACCCCUAGAAAAGAUUGAAAAUAAUUUGACCAUAGAGAUGUGAUGAACUACGGUGUGUCCUCAAAUUAGUAUCACAGGGGUCUUCAGAGUUGUCAUCAAUCAGUCUGCUGAUUUAAAUGGUGACAAUUAGUCACAGUGCUGUUUGGAAGAUGGACCAGAGAGAGCAAGGGGAGGAAGAGAGUUGUCUCUGGAGAUUUGAAAGAAAAUCAUAUACAGGCAUGAUAAAGGUAAAGGUGAUAAAAUCGUCUCCAAGCAGCUUCAUGUUCUGGUGACUACAGUUGCACAUAUUAUUCAGAAGUUUAAGGUCCACCGAACUGUAGCCAACCUCCCUGGACAUGGCUGCAAGAGGAAAAUGGAUGAAGAAUUGAAAAGUAACAAGACUCACAAACUGCUGUUAUACUUUGCAGGAUCCAUUUUUUCCCACCAUCUUGUUCUCUCAUCUGUUAUAAAGCCUUAUUGGAGUCCACCUCAUAAAAUUCAUUCCUCAAACCAAGAACAAACAGGGUGAGAAGUCAUGAACAAAAUGUGUCGUCAGAGAACAAGGUGCAGCCCAAAAAGAAACCAGAGAUAAUAUCCGUCAUAAAGUCGCAGCGCAGUGCCCUUUUUCAGGGAGUGUACAAUGUCUGUAUGUGCAUGUGUGUACGUGUGUGUGUGUGUAACGUGGAGGUGGUUGUUUUUUCAGAUUAAGCAGUCUGUUAUGUAAGCAUGUUGAAAUGUCAAUUUAAUGAUAAAUUACUUUGACUCCACGAACCACACCAAGCAGAGAAAAGGAGAAGCCUCAAAAGAGUUUGAAGAGUUUUAAAAAUAAUAAAAUACUCUCAUAUUUAUUUCAUCAAACAUUUGUGAAACAGUCAGUUUUACUGGACUUAACUAAUACCAUAACUAUUUGUUGGACUAUAUAUACUAAAUGACUAAGUAAUAGUUCCUUAUGUGUCUUUUUUGUUUGUAUUGUUUAGAGGUCAAACAGAAUCAUUCAUUCAAAAUGUCAGCUCCAUUUGCUAUUGCUAAAUCUCUUUUCUUCAUUGUUUUUAACAUCAAACAGAAUGACUCAACAUCCUCUCUGGGAAUAAUUGUAAGAAUAUUUAAUAGAGUUCAAUGUUCUCCAGGUGACCUGUGGGGCUGACAUCUCGUUUGAAGCUGAUGGAGCUCAGGCCUGGAUUGAAUUGAAAUCAAAUUUGACAAAACAAUUGGAAAAUUAUCCAAUUUAUUUUUCACUUUUUCAUGAACGGCGUCACACCUUCUGAUGCUUUUAAAGCAUUAACAGAUUGAAAUUCAACCCCAGGCUGGGUGAAUUCUUUUUUAUUUAUUCAUUACUGAGAUCUAAGUUUAACCGCUUGUCCUGAGGCCUUAAAUGAACAUGAAAUGAUAGCUGGCAGUAAGGAUAAUGUUACAAAGUAGUUCUCUUCUUAUAACAAGGUGUGAUCAGUCAAACUCUUUAUGUCUUUUAAAUAAACAAAAUGCUUAAAUACAGUCUAAAAAUAAACAUUUGAUUGAAAAGCCACAAAAAAAAAUAAAAUAAAAAAAGGUCAUGAAGCGUUUACACUUGUGAAAAAAAUAUGUUCUGUAUCUAGAAUAUUAAAACGAAGGUUUUCUUACCACAACGUCUUUUCUGGUACGCAUGUAAAUGUUGAUUGUAGGAUAUAAUUUUGAUCACAAAUUUUUAAAUACUUAGUUUUAAGUCAAUUAAUUCACAGUUACACAAUUGUUACAUACUGUAUGUUAAAUAUAUACUUUAUACAAAACAUAGUAAUUGGGUGACUUUCUCCUCGAUGAAUAAAGUGUAAUGAAUAAACACAUAAACUACAGUCUCAAAUUGAUCCUAAAUUUGAACUAACAAUAUAGAAAGUAUAAAUACAUGUUAAACUGAAGAUUUGUCAUGUUAUUAUAUUGUGUUCAUUUAGCAAAAACCAAAAAUCUGGCACACGACUGACUUAUGCGUGGUUCAAUACUUUCCUGAGAGUCUACAGUGAACUUAAUUUGUGAACACUUUGCAAACAUUUACCUACAUAGUCUUUAUCUUUCUCAGAAUGCUGAUUUUGGUUUCUGUUUGGGGCCAAACAUUUAAUCCGAUACCUUGCUUUUGGUGAAAGUGAAUUUCCAUAACAGUUUAAUGUGGGCCACAUGUUAUAGAAGUUGUGAUUGGAUGCAGUUUGCAGUUUUGUUUUGUUUUAGAAAAAAACAGGGGUGCGAAUCUAUUCCUUAAGUGGUUUUUGGAUGAUUGAUGUGUUUUUCUUCACUCACUCAUUGUGCAGACUGCAUUGCCCUUUUUUGCUACAGCAGAUAAUUACACUUUAUGAUCCACUGUUAAACACAUCAAAAACCUGAACAUGGUGAAAAAUAUUGUUACUCACUGAAAAACAUGGUAGAAGUCUUUAAUGUUAAGACUUGAUUUUCAGGAUUUUGUCUCACCAGCGGGUAAUUGGCAUGAAUCUCAACAUGACUGUGAUUUUCUUUCCUGUCUAGGCCAUGUUUGAGCUUGUUACUUCAGAGGCCUCCUACUACAAGAGUUUGGAGAUUUUAGAGACUCACUUUCUUCGUAACCCCGCUUUAGUCAACACUCUCAGUAACUCCGACAUGCACUUCCUAUUCUCCAACAUCGUGGAGGUGAUGCAGGCCAGUGAAAGGUACGACGAGGUAUCAGUUGAUAUAUUCCAAUCCAGCAAACACAGUCAAUCUCAGCAUCCCUGAAUAAUCCUCUCCUGUUGUUCUCAGGUUCCUGAUGGACCUUGAGCACCGAAUCGAGGAGUCCAUAUUGAUUUCUGAUGUGUGCGACAUUGUUUCGUACCACGCUGUGGAGCACUUCCAUGUCUUCAUCAAAUAUGUCAUAAACCAGGUGUACCAGGAGAAGAACUACAGACGUAUCCUGUGAGUACUGGAAUCUUAAAUCUGGCUGGAUAAUUGGCGCUGGAGCUCUUUUUAGAGUUUUUGUACCCUGCUGUUGUUAACUUUGAGAUCUAUUUUGGAAAAUUCUUCUCACAACAUUUUCUUAUUUUUGACAUUUAUUUUUCUUUCUUGCCAGUGAAAGUUUCACAGGAGUUUGAAAUUGGAGUUUUGCUUAGUGCUUUACACUCUUGCCAAUUUCUCUCUGACUCAGCCGAGCUUGUAGUUGAGAUAAAAAUGAUUUCAAUCGUUUUUCAUUUGUUAUAUUUAUUCUGGUAUUUGAUGGGAUGGCUGAAGAGAGACGAGCAGUGAGGAAGAGAGGAAGUAGGGAAUGAUCCCAGCCUUCAUCAGGUGAUAGAUAAGUCUUUUUAUACAGCUUAAAAUAAGGAGAAAAUAACACACAGAGAAUGUAAAUAUUUUUUUCUGUGCCCAGGGAUCAUGAGUGUGUACCCAUGGUGUCCAUAUGGUAAAUCUGAGUAUGUUCUCUCACAUUAAUGUUUAACUGUAGAGCAGGAUAUGAAUCAGGUAACCAUUUAUUGAGUCAAACUUUGAACCGCUUGGCUGCCGCUGAUGAAUUCAUGCUUGGCAAGAGAGGAACUGCAAGAAUGAAUAAUAGGCGUCAUACAUCAUUCGGUGCUGUUUUUUCUUCUGUGAGUGUUGUCAGCUUGUCUCUCUUUGGCAGAGAACAGGUUCAGAUCAUGACAAACGUGAUCUGCAGGGUGUGGUGGACUUAAGUCUUAUGCGUAUGUCCCUCUUCAUCAAACACAUACCUGAGCAAGAGUGUGACUUUCCCAUGAGCUGCAGAUGCCAGGUGACACUCAGUCACUGGAUGUGUGCCAAGCGCCAGGAAUACCUCAGAGACAUGAAGAUUAUUGUUAUAAUAUAAUAGGUGGAAGGGUUUGGGAUUUGGUAGUGAUGAGGCAAAAGAGAGGAAAUGUCAGAGAAUCAACCUGAUGCUGUUGCUGGUUGGUUUUGUGAAGUGAACUGACUCCUCAGAAGUGUGGUGUCAGUCUAAUCACACUUAUUAUUAUUAUUGUUAUGGCGUUAGGAGUGGCAGGCUAAACUACUUGUCACAUACAAUCACUUGAGUGGGUGAGCUGCAGUGUGAUUUUUUUUUAAUAUUUUUACGUCAGCUGAGGUAUUACAAACAAGAAAAAAGUGUGUGAAAACCAGGAGAGUAAUAAUUUAAUGCUUCAGAGGAUCUGUUUGGUACCAUGUUUCCUCUUCCAUCAGGUUGCUAGAUUCAGAUAUCACAUUCAAUCCGGUUCAUUUAUACGGCAAAUGUAAACAAAGGAAGACCAGUCAGGAAAAACAAGCAAAGCAAAGUGUUAAAUAACACUUUUUGACUUGGUAAAACAAGGUGUUGGGAUGAGACACCGAGACAGAGUGACAAUAGCUGUUCUGUAAAUAAAACAAUUUUCUCUCUGGUUGACAGAGCGCUCCUAAAUAAUCAACCAAGGUGCUGAAAUCUAAUGUUUUCAUAGCAGCCCUUUUGUUUACAUUAUCAUACUUGACUGAUGUGUGUGAUUUUUUCCUCUGUUGGGCGUAGUUGGCAACAGAAAGAGCCUCUUUCUGUUGCCACAUUGAUUUGUUGGCACCUCUAAUGAACCUGACCAUUAUCAUUUCCUGGUUUUAGCGCUGUUAAACAUAGUGUGAGGCUCCAAUCACAGCUCUUCACCUGGCAUCAACUUUGACGAGUGAUUGGUGGUUACAGCAGUUGAAAAGACACCAACAUGAAUGUUACAGCCAUAGCUUUCAACAGGAAUUGUAGUCCUGCUGACAUGUUGGCAGCUUUGGAGAGAUUGUUUCAUGAGGACACAGAAGAAGAUUGUUUUAUUCAACAUGGCUCAGCUGCAUACAGUUUGAUGUUUACCAUUUGAAAAUGCAGAAACAAGUCUUGGUUUAUGACACAUUUUAUGACCACUGUGAUAAAUUUGAUUUAGUGAAGUAAAGACUGCAGGGCCAUGUUUUAACAUAGAAGGAUAAAAUCUUGAACUACCAUCCAUCCCAAAUUUGGGAAUGCAAAAGCUGGUCCGUGUCUGUCUUUGAAACAGGGCCAUGUAAGGGCACCUGAUGUGUUUAUUGAAGUUGGAUGACGGAAGUGUGCAACAUGCUGCUGGAAAGUUCUCUAAGUGUGGUAUUAACCUCAGCCCCACAAGACAGGCACUCUGUUGGGGAACACGAGACAAGAAGGGCUUUAUUGUAUUAGGGUUUGGUGUUCAUGCAGAGAUCCGGGUUUGAUGUUAUUUGUUAAAUUUAAAAGUAAACUUAAAUGCACCGGGCCACUCUUAGUUCAGGCAGUGAUUUGAGAUCAAGCUUUGGCCUUUUUUUAAGGUUUGUGGCUCAUUGCUGACAGCUCAUCUCCACAAUCAGACACGAAACAAGAGCAGACUGCAUGUGGCAGCAAAGGUACAAGUUACAUAUGCUAUUGAAUAUCAGUACAACCAUAUGCGUUGUGGGUUGGACCCUUAAACAAGGCUAAUAGCAGGGCAAUAAUAAUUUAGUUAAGUUUUAUUUUAAAGGGCUUUCAUAAAUAAACAUUCAAUGCCGUCUUUAAGUAAUAUAAACAAGCAGAAAAAGCUGAAUGAUGAAAACAAUAAACAAAUGAGUUUAGAGAUGUUGACAGGGGUGUUGACAGCCGAGUGGUCUGAGCAUCUCAUGUAAAGAGACUUCAGCCCUUGUCCCAGUUGUUGCUAGUUCAAUAUCCAGCCACAACACUUUGCUGCAUGUCUUCCCUCACUCUACGCUCUCCACUUUUCCUCUCUUUAUUUAGCUGUUCUAUCUAAUAAAGGCAAAAACUCCUAAAAUAUACCUUUAAAAAAGAAAAAUAUCCAAAACACAUUUACAAAAUGACAUUAUAAAAUGAUGAACAAUCUGUUUGCUGUGAGUUUCCCUUCCAAACUGAAGGACUUCUGUGUAGAUUAUUGUCUUCUAGACUCAGCUGUUUCAUUUAUUUUUCUGUCUCUCACAUUUUCAUCAAAAGAAAGAAAAUGUGUGUGUGUGUGUGUGUGUGUGUGUGUGUGUGUGUGUGUGUGUGUGUGUGUGUGUGUGUGUGUGUGUGUGUGUGUGUGUGUGUGUGUGUGUGUCUGUUUGUUGUGGUGAGUAUGAUAAACUGAUCAGCGUGCUUUCUUCUGUGCAGAGAGGCAAACCAACCAUUCAGGGAGGCUAUGGCCUCUCUCGAGAACCAUCCUCGAGUUCGGGGUCUGUCCUUUACCUCGUUCCUCAUCCUUCCUUUCCAGAGGAUCACCAGGCUCAAGCUACUUGUACAGGUACAAUAGGAAAGACUUCCUCUGUUGUCGAUUUACAGAAGAAAAACAGGUCGACAGCUCCACCACGUAUACUAAACAACAAAUUCAUUAAAAAAAAAAAGACAAUAAAAGCUGCUGCUCUUCUGCUGAAUUAAAAUUUCCACACAGACAUAGCACAGUAAUCAGCAUAUAUGCAUAAGAAUGUUUGGAAUGAAGACAUUAGGGCAUGAAUACAGCUGUAAUUAUGCAGUGAUGAUUGAUCUUUUCCAUAAUGGCGUCAGACACGUAGGCUGCAGUGAAGCCCUGCCAGGCUCUGUGAAUGUUUCGAUGUGUACAGCUUUGAGCUCCUCUUGGUGUUACACUCCACUUUUGACUGCACAAAUCACUUUAUUUUUAGUUAAUUUAUUUCAACUUUGCACUCAGCUACUGCCAGCCUGUGAAAGAACAACCAAUAAGCUGUUCAGCUGUUAAACAAGUGAGAAAGACGCUAAAACAUGCCAAGAGCAAUCUGUGUCAGAGUCCGCUUAAUUCCCAAACACAGAGCUUUGCAGGAGUUUUCACCGCUCUUUAACUUUUCUGCAUGUUGUCAAAGUCCAUCAUUUAAAAUUUGCAGAGGGUGACGAUGUGGAUUUUAAAUUUACUCUCCAAAAUUAAGAUAUGAAGUCUUUAGUGCUUUGCUGGGCAGCAGAGAUCAGACACAACCAGCUGGACAGUUAGAAGUCUGCUUUAGUUAGAUUAUCAGACAGUAAAACGCCAAAGUAAGCCACUUGUACUCCAGGCCUUUAACACCAUUAAAUAUUGUCAAUGAGAACCAUUGCUGUUAUUAUUUACAUGACACUGUAAAAACCUACAGUGAAAUGUAAUAACAAGGUCUGUUGUUGCAUCUGUUGGAGAAUAGCAUCGUUAUACUUAAUGUUCUUUGUCCCUUGCACGCCGCCUCUGCAUGCAGCUCAGCCUCCGAGCUCUGCUUCAUUGUGAGGAGGAAGUUGCAUGAUCAGAAUAACAAUCUGAGUCUGGCAGACAACAAAAAGUCACCUUAAUGGAGGAAUACAUCACAUCAACUGAAUAGUUAUGACUCAGCUCUCAGGAGUGGUUUCAUGACUGCUGGCUAAAACAAGCUUCUCAAACAAUUCAGAAACAAUUUCAUACCUUUUUAUCAAUCUUUACCUAAAAUAUGUUUAAAAAAUAGCCCAGGUCGAGAGAUACUCAAAUUACCCUUUGGGUGUCUUUAUCCAUGAUUUUAUAGCUGUGUCCAUCAGAGGGCAGCAGAUCACAGUGAUAAAGACAUGGCCUUUCUGGUGAAAACUUGAGUUAAUGAGGAGCUGAAACACAAGUUUUAUUAAAAAUGUACCUUUGCAAAAGAGUCAGACAACAUAGAGUCUUCUGCAGGUCUGUAAAGACUUGCAAAGAGAUUCUGUCCAGCUGCAGGUAUGUCCUGUUAAUAGUUGUGAGAGCUAAAUAACUCUAAUGUAGAAGUUUGCCCCACAUUUGCAAAGAUUUCCUCUUUCAAUAUGAGCUAAAAUACAUUGUUUUAACUAUUCCUGUUUAUUACAUCUAGGACUAAAGUCAAUUUUAAAUUUUACGACAUUGUAACCUCUCUCAUAGUGUAAAAUUUGCACUUUUUAAAUUCUUAAAUCUGUUGAAAGUUAUGCUAAAGUUUGUUUCACUGAAGAAGUCUUUUUUGAUGGAGUUUUUUCUAUUUACAGAAUAUCCUGAAAAAAGCUGAGGAGAACUCUGAGAGGGAAGCUAAUGCUAUAAAAGCCCAUCAGCAGCUGGAAAUGGUGAGCUUCAGGUUUGAGUUGGGUCGGGUCAACAAUAUGAGAGUGUGUACAUUUAUGUAAACACUUGUCUCUUGCCAAUCAGAUAAGCACAAUCUGCUGUUAUAUCUUAAAGUUAAUCUAGAAACGUGUAUGGGUGUAUUUGCUGUUGAAGCCAUGUCUCUGCAGCUUGCUAUGUUCAGCAUUUCUUUCUCCUGGAGGGUAAAGAAAGGGUGUGAUAAGAUAUUAACUGUUCUACGCAAAACACCUGAAACCAGAACAAUAAACUAUAACAUUGACAUUUGGACCGUUAGGGACUGAUGGUAUGUAUUUGUUGAUCUUCCUCAGAUUGUUAAAGAAUGUAAUGAGGGUGUGCGAAAAAUGAGUCGCACUGAGGAGCUCAUCAGCAUUGAGAAAACACUGGAGUUUAAAUCCAAGGUAAGCUAAUCUUGUUACUUAACAUUCUCAACAGCAAUAAUCAACACUUUCUAUAUCAGAAAAGCACAUUACUGAUUUUAUGACCAAAGGCAUGUUGUUGCAAUCCCUGGUAAUCAUUCAAAUGUUCUUUUAAAGCAGUAGUUCUCAAGUCCAGUCCUCAAGGCCUGGAGGUUUUGGAUGUUUCCCUGCUCCAACACACCUGAUUCAAAUGAUGAGCUCGUUAUGAAGCCAUCACAGAGCUUAAUAACGAGCUGAUCAUUUGAAUCAGGUGUGUUGGAGCAGGGAAACAUUCAAAACAUGCAGGACAGUGGGUCUCGAGGACUGGACUUGAGAACCACUGUUUUAAAGGAUCAUUGAUGAACCUAAACCAAAAUAUGAAAACUUCAAACCUCACUUUUGACCCCUUUCACUCUUUUGCAGUCUGUGCCCAUCAUUUCCCACUCUCGCUGGCUCCUGAAGAAAGGUGAGGUGCAGCUGAUGGCUGGACCAAAGAGCACCAGGACCAUGAAGAGUCGCAAACUCUACCAACCUGUUUACCUAUUCCUCUUCAACAACCUGCUGCUGGUCACCAAACGCAGCUCCAGGUAAUAAAAAUUAGGAUGCUGCGUAAGAUGUUCAUUAAGACAGAUUAUGAUGAUCCAUAAAUCAUUUAAACCAUAUAUGUGACUGAAAAAGGACAACAUAUUUAAUCUUAAAACUGAAAAAUCUCAUUCUUCAUGAAAACAAAAUUUGAUAUCAGAAAAGCACUUCAGAAAUAUUUACCUUUUGGUUGCAUCACCUCCUCUCACACCUGAAAUAGUUUUGGGACCAGUAUACAUAGUUUUGGAAAUAAAAUAUUGUCACACUGCUUGAUAUCGGGUUUUUGCAAUCUUCACAAUCUGAGGUCUCUUUAGUCUUGAAUUGGCUCUUAAAAAUAAGUUGAUAUGUUUACAAAAGAAAAUGUAAAAUUUGUCUCAACAUUUGAUCUGUUAUCUAUGUUCAAUCAAAUACAGACUUUAAAUGAUUUACAGACCUUCAAACCUGCUUUUUUGAUCAUUUUGCACAGAGCCAGGGCUUUUAUAAAACUGAGAUUGUAAUAAAUGCUAAUUCAGUCAAUUUGUUAUCAGUGGGGACAAGUUCCAGGUUCUGGACUCGUGCUCUCGGGCAAUGUUGAGAACAGAGGACCUGGAGGACCAGGGUCAACAGCUGGCCAGUGUGUUCAAUCUGAAGCUGCUGGAAAACCAAGAGGAGCGUCAAGUCAACUACAUGCUGAAGACCAGCAGCAUGUGAGUAUCUGAUACAGGGAUCAAAUGUGUGUUUUGACUGGGGCUCAGAGGAAACUGGAUGCAUAUGGCUGUCAUGAUGGGAGGGCCCACUGACAGAAAAACAUGGUUGGUGCGAGUAAGGGUUCACAGAGAAAUUCUGUGGAUCAUUUUGUGGAAGAUUUCUGAGGAGCUGUAAAGAGGAUGGGGAUAAUUGCUAAGAAAGAGAACAGUGCUGUUGUUUAUUCUUAAUCUGAAUAAGCUGUUUGUUCAAGGAAACAGGAUAUGGCUUGUAAAAUCUAUGUCACAUCUAUCAUGAAUCAGCUCAGGAGAUAGCCCAUUAAGACAGUUUUUAGCUCCAUCAGGAGGCGAGUGCAGCUCUGUGCAGCAGAAAGUGAAGAAGCUAACAGCUCAUCCUCACAGACGUAAAACAAGAACUGGCAUUUUUACACUUGGUGUUAGCACAAUAUUAUCUUACCUAAGAUGGCAAAUGAUGCAUAACUCUUGGUGAUAUUACCUUUGCUCUGUGUACAGGAGUGAUAAGCUUCGUUGGAUGUGUGCUCUCACUCCAAACCGCCGCACACGCUUCAUGUCGACCAGUGCACACCAAGCAGGUGAGACAGCUUCACAGCUACAGAGUUCAACUGCAAACAUUAAACAGGAGGGCAGAGUUUAAACUCUGUGAUGUUUUUCAGACUCUCCUCAGGUGCAGUGUAUUCAGUCAUACUCGUCUCAAGAGCCAGAUGAACUCUCCAUUGAGAUGGCCGAUGUCUUGAACCUCCUGGAGAGAACAGAUGAUGGUGUGCACAGUCUCAGAUCACUUUUUUUUUUAUUGUACUCUUGUUAUUUAAAAGAUCCUCCUUCUCUGAACAUCUUGGUGUCACUCUUUGUGUUUCCUCCAGGUUGGAUGAUGGGGGAAAGGCUCCAUGACGGCGAGAGGGGCUGGUUCCCCAGUCGAUUGGUGGAGGAGAUCCAGAGCAAAGAGGUUCGAGCUCAGAACCUCAGGGAGGCCUUUAGGAUCCAGCAGGCUCAAGAAGGUGGAGGAGGCUCACAAACUGGAACCAGGAGUGGUUUGAGACCUGGGAGACGCACGCCCAAAGCCUCCAGCUUCCCCAACACUUGGAUCGAUCAGACGGGGGAAAACAGCGAAGUGAAGCAGUAA